AUGGAACCAAAGAACAAAACAAGCACAUUUGAAUUCAUCUUGUUGGGGCUUUCAGAAUAUCCAGAACAGGAGAUUCUCCUCUUUGCUCUGUUCCUCUGUAUGUAUGUGGUCAAGGGCGUGGGAAAUCUCUUGAUCAUCCUGGCCAUCAGCUCAGAUUCCCACCUCCACACUCCCAUGUACUUCUUCUUAGCCAACCUGUCCUUGGUUGACUUUGGCCUGGCCACUAACACUGUCCCCAAGAUGCUAGUGAACAUCCAAACCAAGAGCAAGUCAAUAUCCUAUCCUUGCUGCCUGACCCAGAUGUACUUUUUCCAUUUUUUUGGCAUCGUUGACAGUGUCUUAAUUGCUGUGAUGGCGUAUGACAGGUUUGUGGCUGUAUGUCACCCUUUACACUAUACCACCAUUAUGAGCCCACGCCUCUGUGGCCUACUUGCUGGUGGCCCAUGGGUGUUUUCCUACUUUAUCUCCCUCACCCACAUCCUCUUGAUGAUGCGCCUGGUUUUCUGUGGCAACAACAAGAUUCCUCAUUACUUCUGUGACCUCACUCCCCUUCUCAGGCUUUCUUGUACUGACACCUCCGUGAACAAGAUCUUUGUGCUCAUUGUGGCAGGACUGGUGAUAGCCAUGCCUUUCAUCUGCAUCUUGGCCUCCUACAUUCGCAUCAUUGUGGCCAUCAUAAAGGUCCCCUCUGCAGGUGGCAGGAAGAAAGCCUUUUCCACCUGCAGCUCCCACCUGUCUGUGGUUGCCCUCCUUUAUGGGACCACCAUUGGAGUCUACUUAUGUCCUUCAUCUGUCCGCACAACUGUGAAAGAGAAAGCCUCUGCUAUAAUGUACACUGCAGUCACCCCCAUGCUGAACCCUUUUAUCUACAGCCUCAGGAACAGAGACCUGAAGGGGGCCCUAAGGAAUCUCAUCAGCAAAAAAAUCACCUCAUCUUCCUGA